AUGGGAGGGUUGCGCCCUCCAGGGCCGAGCUCUGGCCCUGCCCCUCGGGGUGAUGGGGCGGGCCUGGGUCCCUCCGCUGCCCUGGACGGACAGUCGCGCGGCUCGGGGUCCGCGCUCCGGCCCCAGAGUCCCAGGCUGCACGCAGAGGAGGCUAGCGGGGCCAGGCCCGGCCCAGGAGCAGGCGGACGGCGGGGUGCGGGCGUCCCCGGACCGGGCGGGGCUGCGCCUGGGGCGGGGCGCGCCCGGGCCGUCCCUCACCCGGAGGUUGGUUCCCCGAGCCGCCUGCUGCCCUCGGGCCGCGCGGGCCACGCAAGGGCGCAUUCGGCCCCAGCGCCUUCGCAGAUCCGGGCCCUGCGCCUGCCCGGGCAGCGCAGCCCCCAGUGUCCCCAGGACUUUGCCCCCUGCUUGCUGCCGAAUCCUGCGGCCUCCACGGCGCCCUCCCGGGACUCCCGGCCCCCAGCCCGCCGGUCCAGCAUGUCGAGAGGCGCUCGGAGUGCGGGCCAGCCCCCGGGCAGGCCGGGCGUCAUGCUGCUGACCUACCUGCUCACCACCCUGGACUUCACCUGCCUCUUCAUGCAGUUCUCCAUCUUGCCUUACGUCUCCCGGGGUCUGGGCCUUGACACCGUGGCCUUUGGGUACCUGCAGACCAUCUUUGGGGUGAUGCAGUUGCUGGGCGGACCCGUGUUCGGCAGGUUCGCCGACCAGCGCGGGGCGCGCGCCGCCUUGUCGCUCUCCUUCCUGGCGGCCGCGGGGCUCUUCGCGCUGCUGGCCGCCGCCUGCAGCCCCGCGCUGCCCGGCGUCCUGCUGCUGUUCGCCUCGCGCCUGCCCGCGGCGCUCAUGCACACCAUGCCAGCCGCCCAGAUGGUCAUCGCCGACCUGUCCCCACCCGAGAAGCGGCCCGAGGCCCUGGGCCGGCUGGGCCUCUGCUUGGGCGUGGGCAUGAUCCUGGGCUCCCUGCUCGGCGGGACCCUGAGCACCGCGUGCGGGCUGCAGUGUCCAGCCAUUGCAUGCCUCGCAGCCAGCCUGCUGGGGGUGGUCCUCAGCCUCACCUAUAUCCCGACCAGCACCAAAGGGGCCAGCUCCAACGUUCAGGCCACCCCACCAGACGGCGCCCAGGCCAGUGUGUUUGACCUCAAGGCCAUCGGCCGGCUGUUGCUGCUGCCCGGGGUCCUCCGAGUGUUCCUGGUCAGGGUGGUCUCCGGCUUCCCCUCAGGGGUCUUCAUGGUCAUGUUCCCCAUCAUCUCCAUGGACUUCUUCCAGCUGGAUGCUGCGCAGGCCGGCUAUCUCAUGUCCUUCUCUGGGGUCCUGCAGAUGCUGGUCCAGGGCGUGCUCAUCGGGAGGCUGAGUCGGCACUUCUCGGAGGAAGCGCUGCUGCGGACCAGUGUGCUGGUCUUCAUGCUGGUGGGCCUGGCCAUGGCGUUCAUGUCCACUGCGGUCCACUUCUGCCUGCUGAUGCCCGGCUUCACCUUCAGUUUCUGCUUGCUCAGUGUGGUCACGGACAGCAUGCUGACCAAGGCCGUGUCGCCCUCCGACACAGGGACCAUGCUGGGCCUGUGCGCGGCCGUGCACCCCCUGACCCGCACCCUGGGGCCCAUGCUGGGCGGCCUGCUCUACCGCAGCUUGGGUGUCUCCGUCUUCGGCUACCUGCAGUUCACCGUCAACCUGCUGGUCCUCCUGCUGCUCUCACGGGCGCACGGGAAGGGGGACAAAGUCCACUGA